ACUUUAACACUCCUUAACUACAAGGAAUUCCUCUCGAUUCAAAAGGAACAGGUGUCUAAUUAUCUAGUCGUCACGAUGUAAAUCAUCGCUAGCACGACGCUUCCAACAAAUCAUGCUACACAACUGCUAGAGUGUUACAAUUUUCUUGAACAGAUGGCUACGGAGGGACAAGCGCUUCUUUUUCAAGAGCUGCAGCAAAGAUCACUUGGUUUGGUUGUCUUCGAAAGUGCUCUUAUGAUAUUUAUCAAUAUUCUGGCCUUCAUAGGUAACAUGCUAGUCUGCUGGGCUGUGUACCGUAACCAACGACUUCGCACCAUACCAAACAUCUACGUCGUCACUCUGGCCAUAUCUGAUGCUCUCAUGGCAGUCCUAUGUAUGCCAAUGUCCGUGGUUCUUCUUAUGACAGGAGAGUGGCCAUUCAGCAGUGCUGUUUGUCAUUUCCAAGGAUUUUUUUGUUUUUUCUGUGCGUUAUACUCUUUGCUGCUUAUGACUGCAACGGCUUUGAACCGAUAUUUUCGCGUGGUGAAACCUAACCUUUAUCGUCAGCGUUUUAAAGUAAAAUCAACGUGUAUUUCCGUGGUUGCCAUGACACUUUUCGCAGCUUUUGGUGCAGGGCUUUCAUCGAUGGCUCAGUGGGCCACAUUUAUCGUGCACUACGGUAAAGUGAUCUGUUUUAUGGACUUCGAUACGCCGUACCUCGACAUGGCUUACAUGGCGUAUUUGGAUGCUGUUUAUAUCGGGAUUCCUAUUGCAAUCAUCAUGUUCGCUUACUACAAGAUUUUUAGAACCAUCAAAGAACACAACCACGAAAUGAGCUGUAAAAGACAAGGGACGACUCUUCCCUUUAACGUCGAAGAAGUAAAGAUCACGAAAGCUCUUUUCGCGGCUGUGCUGGGCUUUAUCCUCUGUUGGGGACCUAUAGCUAUUAUUGACAUGGUUGAUUCUUUCUCGGCACAUAAGCUCGCUAUCCCACGGCAGGUGUUCAUUUUAUACAUAUAUCUCGGCUUUGGCAGUUGUUCCAUCAAUCCCAUAAUAUAUGGCGUCAUGAAUAGAGCUUUUAGAGCAGAAUUCUUGCGAGUUCUAUGUUUCUGGCGAACAAAGAACGGAGUAACUCCACUCGGUCUCUCUUUUACUCUUCAAACCAGUAAUUUAGAUCAAGGUCAAACUUGUCACGAAAAACUAACAUAGAC